UCGUUUUUUUACGGUAUAAACAGUUAAGAAAUGUGCUAGCUAGCACAUCUCAUACAAGUCGAGGUUUAGAGAUAAGUUUUACUUGUGAAAAUCAACAGCCAUACAAUAAAAUGUCUGUAGAAGAAGCUACCGUAGCUGUGAGAAACUACUUGGGACGUGGCGUAGGAGCUCAAGGUGCCAUUUCAUUUUACUCGGAACAUGGAGCUAAAUACGAGGAGUAUAUGAAAACACUGAAUUAUCAAGGACCAAAAGUAUUGGCAGAAACAGUUGCGAAGCUACUGAAGGAUAAUCGAGAUGCCAAAAUCCUAGAUAUAGCGGCAGGAACUGGCCUUGUAGCAGAACAGUUGGUGGGAUAUGGCUUUAGAAACAUUGAUGGCGUCGACGCUGCCAGUGGUUUGCUUCAGGUUGCCAGGAAUAAAGGAAUCUACGGCAAACUCGUCUGUCAAUUUGUAGGCCAGGGUGAACAAAUGCCAUUUGAAAAUGACAGUUACGACAUUGUUGUGAUAUGUGGAGCCAUGGGUGAAAACCACAUACCUAAAGCAGCUUUUGACGAUAUCUUACGUGUGGUAAAACCAGGUGGAUACAUUGUCAACGUGUUUCGAGAGGAAGCCAUGUUUGUACCCUGGUAUGAGGAUGGACUUCAGCCUUACUUGACCAAGCUGGAGAAAGAUGGUCUUUGGAAAGAGAUCAGCAGAAAUACUUUCCCGAUUUUUAUUGCUGAUAAGCCAGGGCUAGUCUUGAUUCAUCAAGUUUUGUAACCAAAUCUAGUCUUAUUGAACGUUUAAUAUUACAGCUAAUGUUAGUCUUGUUAAAUCAUGUUUAUAGCCAUGGCUAUUCUUGAUUAAAUUGUAUAACCACGAUAGUCUUGAUUAAUUAAGUUUUAUAACAACGGCUUGUCUUGAUUCAUUGAGUUAUAUAGCCAAGGCUAAUGUUCAUUCAUUAACUUUUAUAGCUAAGGCUAGUCUUGUUUUAUCAAGUUUUAGACCCAGGGCACCAUAGAAAUGAUUUAAUAAGAAUAUUUUAAUUUUACCUUGGCUAUAUAUUUACCAAAAUGUUAUUAAAACCAUGUUCUAAAAAGUUAGAGAUCUAUAGUCAAGAUUACAUCUCAUCAGUAAAAUUACUUUACAAUCUCAACCUGUAUUGUGUGAAAGCUGUAUGUUUUGUUUAACGAAAAAAAUCAUUGAUGUCAUGCUCAACAUAUUUGGGGGAAAAGCAGACUGGCUUAUCAUAAACAUUGGUAAUUGACUAAAAGAGAACGUAGAAUGAAUUCAGAUGUUUCUGUUACGCUGAUUUGGAAAUAGGCCUAUAUUUUUAGCGUGCACAGCAACGGUUCCAAACUAACCAAGUUUUUAAAAUUAUAAUUUCCU